GCUAGGGUUUGCUUUUCCUCCUUGCCCGCUGUCGUUGGCUUCGUCUGCUUCCCGUGAGAGGUGGAGUUUUGAACGAGUCGCUAAAUAACUUCUUCGCCUCCUUGGACGACAUUCCUUCCCGUCGGAUCCGAAGUCACACCUCGCCGUUCAUUUGUUGGAUUGGAAGUAACGACGACGACGUGAGCUUGCCUUUCUUACUUUCGCGCGCUUCUUCGGCCAAAUCCCGUAAAUCCGCCGAACUCCAGGAUUCAGUAAAUCCGGGAUUUACGGCAAAAAGAGGGAAACAGAGGAUUUAACUCGCUGUGAGAUUCAACAGUUCCCUAAAUCUUGUAUCCAAACAGCCCCGAAGAGUAGUGAGCGAAUUGGUGAUGGAGAAUGAGUUGAAGCCUCUAAAUCCCAGUUAAAGCUUGCAACUAAAAAAUCCCCAAAGAGGUUUUGUGACGAGGAUCGUUGAUGUUUAUUUCAGCUAAUCACAAUAAUGGAGAAGACGCCGUCGCUUCUCUUUGCCGGCACUCAUUUUGAUCGAAAACGGUUUGCUAAAGACAUCGCUAGAUUCAAGGCAAAGGAGGAGCAAGAGGAUCGUUAUGAGCCUGAAUACAAGGAAUCCCAGUUGACUGAGAUGGUUGGAAGCAAGAAAGAGAAGAAGAGGAAGCGGAAUGACUCAGAAGUUGUGGAGGGGUUUAAUGUUUUUAAGAGCUCCAAGUCUCUCAAAACCCGAGAUAUAACAACAACUAUGAUUGAUGAUUCUGCGCUUCAUAGAAAGGAAAUUGAGAAGCAGAUCGAGAGAGAUUCACUUUUCCGUAAGAAACAUGGGAUUCACAUUUUUGGGUAUGCUGUUCCAUCUCCACUCCGGAACUUUGAUGAAUUGAAAUCAAGGUUUGGCUGCAAAUCACAUUUAUUGCGUAAUUUUUUUGAACUGAAGUUCAAAGAGCCAACACCUAUUCAAAGGCAAGCCAUUCCAAUUUUACUUUCGGGACGUGAGUGUUUUGCUUGUGCACCAACUGGAUCAGGCAAAACUUUGGCUUUUCUGAUCCCCAUGCUUAUGAAAAUUAAGCCAGGACAUAAAGAAGGUGUUAAAGGUUUAAUUAUCUGUCCUACAAGAGAAUUAGCUGCACAAACUACCAGAGAGUGUAAGAAGGUGGCUAAAGGUAAAAAGUUUCACAUCAAACUUAUGACGAAGGAGCUGUCCAGAUGCGGAGAUUUUCAAAAAAUACCCUGUGAAAUUCUUGUAUCAACUCCACUCCGUGUUGAUUUUGCUGUGCGCAAGAGGAAGCUUGAUCUAAGUAGGGUGGAAUAUCUCGUCUUAGAUGAAUCGGAUAAACUAUUUGAGCUUGGUUUUGUUGAGCAAAUAGAUUCCGUAGUUAAAGCUUGUUCAAAUCCUUCAAUAAUUCGAUCUUUGUUCAGUGCAACCUUGCCAGACUCAGUAGAGGAACUUGCACGUACAAUAAUGCAUGAUGCAGUCAGAGUUAUUGUGGGAAGAAAAAAUUCUGCUUCAGCAUUAGUUAAGCAAAAGCUGUUAUUUGCUGGAAGUGAAAAAGGAAAACUUCUUGCUCUUCGUUUAAGUUUUGCAGAGAGCUUUAAUCCUCCAGUUUUAGUAUUUGUCCAAACAAAAGAAAGAGCAAAGGAGCUUUACAAGGAAUUGGCAUUUGAUGACAUAAAGGCUGACGUUAUUCAUGCAGAUCUAACUCAAGAGCAGAGAGAUGAUGCAGUUGAUGAUUUUAGAGCUGGAAAGACUUGGGUUUUAAUAGCAACUGAUAUCAUUGCUCGUGGAAUGGAUUUUAAGGGUAUUAAUUGUGUCAUCAACUAUGAUUUUCCUGAAUCAGCUUCUGCUUAUAUUCAUCGAAUUGGUCGGUCAGGAAGAGCAGGGAGAGCUGGUGAGGCUGUGACACUGUUCACUGAAGAAGAUAAACCAUUUCUAAGGAACAUAGCUAAUGUGAUGAAGGAUUCAGGCUGUGAGGUUCCUGCUUGGAUCCUAUCCCUGCCUAAGCUCAAGAGGAAGAAGCACAGACCGAAGAGAGAUUCUGUAGGAGCCGAGCCUGAUGACACUGAAGAAUAAAGCUGUUAAACUGUUAAAAAAAAAUCUUUUUCCCGAUUCUCUUUAUGUUUGCUUUCCUUGGUGAAUGAAUUCCUUACCAUUUUGUAAGUAUUUAAGUUAGAUUUCAUAAUUAUAAUUAUCUAUAUUUAUUAAUUUAAUCAUUUUUACAUGAAAAUGUUGCACUGUUUAGAGGGACAGAUCAGGAUUAAAGAACUACGAUGUUGUCUUACGUUUUUA